CACGACCAACAACUCAAGAACAUGGAGAUGCCCGUGCACUGAUCUUCUUUUUUCAGCUUCAACACUAUUCACUGGAUAUAUUUCUUUUCACUGAUUAGUUCUCAACCUCAAGGAGCAAAAGAUGAAUUCCGCAGAAGCUGCCGAGGAGGGACCGAAUGACUCUGAUACGGAUGCAUUCUUCAAAACAGGGUCUUUCAGGAGCGACGGGAUUAAGGCGUCUGAUGUGCUGCCUGUGCUGAAGGAGAAAGUAGCCUUCGUGUCAGGGGGUCGGGACAAGAGAGGAGGCCCCAUUUUGACGUUCCCCGCCAGAAGCAACCACGACAGAAUAAAGCACGAGGAGCUGCGCAAGCUGGUCACCUACCUGUCCACUGUGCCCAGUGAGGAUGUGUGCAAGCGCGGCUUCACUGUGAUCAUUGACAUGCGCGGUUCCAAGUGGGACCUGAUCAAGCCGCUGCUGAAGACCCUACAGGAAGCCUUCCCCGCCGAGAUCUGCGUCGCCCUCAUCAUCAAGCCCGACAACUUCUGGCAGAAGCAGAAGACCAACUUUGGCAGUGCCAAGUUUACCUUUGAGACUAGCAUGGUGUCAGUGGAAGGGCUGACUAAGCUAGUGGACCCGUCUCAGCUGACGGACGACUUUGAGGGCUCGCUGGAGUACAACCACGAGGAGUGGAUGGAGCUGCGCAUGUCACUGGAGGAGUUCAUGGGGAGCGCCGUGCACCUCCUGUCCCGCCUGGAGGACCUACAGGAGCUGCUGGCCAAGAAGGAGUUCCCGGUGGACGUGGAGGGCUCCCGGCGCCUCAUCGACGAGCACACGCAGCUGAAGAAGAAGGUGAUGAAGGCGCCCGUGGACGAGCUGGACCGCGAGGGCCAGCGGCUGCUGCAGUGCAUCCGCGCCAGCGACGGCUUCUCGGGCCGCAACUGCAUCUCGGGCAGCGCCGACUUCCAGAGCGUGGUGCCCAAGAUCGCCAGCCUGCUGGACAAGCUGCACUCCACGCGCCAGCACCUGCACCAGAUGUGGCACGUGCGCAAGCUCAAGCUGGACCAGUGCUUCCAGCUGCGGCUCUUCGAGCAGGACGCCGAGAAGAUGUUUGACUGGAUCAGUCACAACAAGGAGCUGUUCCUCCAGAGCCACACCGAGAUCGGCGUGAGCUACCAGCACGCCGUGGACCUGCAGACCCAACACAAUCACUUCGCCAUGAACUCCAUGAACGCCUACGUCAACAUAACCCGCAUCAUGUCGGUGGCCUCGCGCCUGUCGGAGGCCGGUCACUACGCCUCGCAGCAGAUCAAGCAGAUCUCGGCGCAGCUGGACCAGGAGUGGAAGGGCUUCGCCGCCGCGCUGGACGAGCGGAGCACCAUACUGGCCAUGUCCGCCGUGUUCCACCAGAAAUCAGAACAGUUCCUGUCCGGCGUGGAGGCCUGGUGCAAGAUCUGCAGCGAGGGAGGCCUGCCGUCGGGCAUGCAGGACCUGGAGCUGGCCAUCCACCACCACCAGACGCUCUACGAGCAGGUGACCCAAGCUUACACCGAGGUCAGUCAGGACGGGAAGGCGUUACUGGACGUCCUCCAGCGACCUCUGAGCCCGGGCGAUGCCGAGUCCCUGACGGCCACGGCCAACUACUCCAAGGCGGUGCACUGCAUCCUGGACGUGGUGCACGAGGUGCUGCACCACCAGCGGCGGCUGGAGAGCCUCUGGCAGCACAGGAAGGUGCGGCUGCACCAGCGCCUGCAGCUCUGCGUCUUCCAGCAGGACGUGCAGCAGUGGCACAACCCCUGGUGUCUCCGCUAA